AGGGGACACCUAGCGGCUCCGGGUUGGUGAAGUGUAACCAAGUGUACGGAGCUAACAGUUAACAAGUAACCAGUAAACAGAGGCCGGGCUCCGACCGUGCCUGGCAGAACUCGGCAGUCAGCUGCCCGGCAGGGCCGUCCCUGCGCUGCGCUGGUCGGUGGCAUGGGGAGCUGCCAGGCAUGGGUACCAGCUCCCAGCAGGCUCCCUCUUGGGGUUGGAAGCCUCCCUAACUCCAAGGUGUGUAGGGGGCUUGCCGUGACUCCCUGCUCCCCUUGUCCUCCCCGGCGCCUCCCCAGGACUUUGUAGCUCUGGGCCCUCCUCAUGGUGAGUCCUUGGCGCCUCCCAGGAGGCGGGAGACUCUCUCUCUGCCCUCCUCAGGGCCAAGGCGCGGAGACGGAGGAUGGAGCGCGUCUGUGAUGGCCCCGAGGCCGCAGGAGGCCGGGCUGGCCGCAUGGAGCUCUGGCCGACCAUCCGGAUGCAGCUUCCGCGGGCGCCUGGAGUGGCUCCUCUCCGGCCAGGCCGGCUCGGAGGCCCGGGGUGCACAGAGGGUCCGGGGAGGGGAAGCACGUCCCCGCGUGGCAGUGCCAGCUGACAGGAGGCACCACUGCCAGCCUCCGGCCCUUCACGGAACAGGGACCCGGCUCAGGUCCCGUGGUGACGGCUCAGUCACCCUUUCAGAGGAGGAAGCCAAACAGCUGUGCUCUGCCCCCACCCUUUGAGUCAAAUACUAGCCAUUGCAGUGGCACUACCUCUUCUCGUUCCUCUUGUUGGUGGUAAAUGUACUAUUCCGUGCACAGGCUGCAGAGUACUCCAAUAGGCGCUUGGCGGAGUGAGGGAGAGUACAUCACCCAGGUGCCCAGGUGCCCAAGCCAGUGAACAUUCUGUGAAGAGGAGGCUCCUGUGCCUGUGGGCGGGGCACGCUGGCGGCCGCCAUGGGAGGGAGUGAUGAGCAUCUCCUGUUUGUGUCCUGAUUCCUCCCUCCAUGCAGCUCCCCGGCUGGGCGCCUAGGGGACUGGAGUCUGGCCGCCUCCAGGCCAGCUGUCCUGCCUGCCAGUCCUGUGGGCCCCUCACUCACUCCUCCUCUCCUGGGUCAGCCCACACUUCAAAGCCCCAUCCAGGCCGGAGCCCCGUGAAGGGCAGUUACCAGCUCCCCCAGUGUGGGCUGCCUGCUUGUCCUGGGGGCGCACCAACCCUCUUAGAUGGGAAGAGACUAUAGACCAGGGGGCAGAAGGAACCUGGCAGGAGGCCCAGUGACUGCUUCACUGAGCAAAACAGACGCCGAGCGCAGGGGGCUGGCUGCCUAGGCAGGGGCACCUGGCUCUCAGGGCUGCUGCCCUAAGGGGUGGGGGCAGAGGGAGGGCGAGGGGUCUCUGCCCAGGGAUCCUAGCCCCAGCCCCCACCCCAGGCUCCCACCUGACCCCUCCCUCCUCAGGGCAGGGUUCUUGAGGCAGUCCACCUGGUUGGAGCCCGGGCUCUGCCGCCUGGCUCUCUGUCUCCAUUUCUCAUCGUGAAAUGGGCGCCAUCUGGGCACGACCACACCAACGUGUAAGGCUCCCAGGGUCCCCGCCCCGCCUCGCCCAGCACACCCCUGUCUGCCCCCAAGCCCCCCUCCGAGGUUUCGCUGCUGACCCCGGGGGAGAGCAGACACAAGGCACCCACAGGCGUCAGCCCAGGUGCCUCCCAGGUGGCCAGGGCUCUGUACUGUCCUUUCCUGGCUCGGGGCCAGGGCCAGUGGGCUGCCCAGGAGGCGAGGCUUACCCCACAGCUGGUCUUCAAGGCAGCCCUCCUCCCUCUCCUUACUCAUUAGCCAGGCUGCAAGGUGACUCGGCUGCUCGGUGAGGCUGGCCAAGGGGGUGCUCAGGCGCACGGGAGCCCAGCCAGCAGCCAGGGCUGGGAAUGGACAGCCUCCAGGACGCAGUGCGCCCAGAGCGCGGGGGCUGCUGCCCUGCCCUCGGCAAGCUGGUCCCCGAGGGCUUUCGGGCUGAGGCGUGGAGGCUCUUCGUCCUGUCUGGACCCCUGUUCCUGUUCCAGGUGCUGUCCUUCAUGAUCUACGUCGUGAGCUCGGUGUUCUGCGGGCACCUGGGCAAAGUGGAGCUGGCGUCGGUGACCCUCUCGGUGGCCUUCAUCAACGUCUGCGGCGUUUCCGUGGGUCUCGGCUUCUCCUCGGCGUGUGACACCUUGAUGUCCCAGGUAGGCGGGCCUCCUGGAGCCGGGCAGGGCAGAGCCGUCCCUCCACUGCUGCCCAAGGGGGGUGGGACCCCCAAAGGCUCCUGGGUGCUCCCUGGAGUGGGAGCCUGUCAAGCAGACCCGGUGGGGCAGCUGCCUCCCCCGCCCCCCCCCCACCUGCUCCCUAAGGACCGAGUGCUGCCAGGAACACAGACCUCCCCGAAGCCGGGCCGGGCAGCGAGCCUGGCAGGAAGGGGUGGAGCGGGUCCCUGCUCGUGUGUCAGAAACUUUUUUACCCCCUUACAAGCCACACGUGACUCCAAAUGCAAGUCCCCGGGCCCCGAGGCCCCUGUGGCUGGUCCUGGGGUUCCUCUCUGGCAGCACCCCACUCGUCCUGGCGGAUACCUGCAGGGCCUGGGAGAGCUCUCCGCAAACCCGGGGUCCCAGGGUGCCCCGGCUGACAGGGCACAGCCUGCCCGCUCUGGAGCUUCUGUCUCUUGCAGGCUCACCCACGAAUACGUGCUGAUUUUCAUGCCCGCACUUCCGGUGAUUUUUCUUUACAGCCUGCUGGCAAAAUAUCUGCAAAACCAGGGGAUCGUCUGGCCCCAAGUCCUCAGCGGCCUCGUGGGCAACUUCAUCAACGCCUUGGCCAACUACGUCCUGGUUUUGGUGCUGAGCCUGGGGGUCAGGGGCUCUGCCUACGCCAACACCCUCUCCCAGUUCGUGCAGACGGUCUUCCUGCUGCUCUACAUCGUGCUGAGGAAGCUGCAUCGGGAGACGUGGGCAGGUGGGCCGCCUGCUUCAGCCCCUGCGCAACCCAGGGCGCUGCUUGGGCGGGUAGAGGGCCGGCUGGAGCCCCAUUGGAGGAGCCCCAUCCCCGACCUGCUUCUAUUUCCCUUCAGGGCCUUGCUCUACCCCUCAGGACUCCCACCCCGAAGUCCUGGGGUCCCCUCACCCCAUGCCCCACGGUGCAGAGCCCCGCAGGAGUCAGGCUCAGGGAGCCUUCCACUAGCCCCUGCUCACCCCUCCCCUCCGCAGGCCUGCUCACCCCUCCCCUCCGCAGGCCUGCUGAGCAUGGUGGAUCUCUCUGCCCAGGCCGUCAUCUACGAGGUGGCUACAGUCACCUACAUGAUUCCCAUGGGGCUCAGCAUCUCUGUCUGCGUCCGAGUAGGGACGUCCCUGGGAGCUGCAGACACCGUGCAAGCCCAGCGAUCCGCCGUCUCAGGCGUGCUCUGCACAGUUGGCACCUCGCUGGUUAUCGGCACCCUGCUGAGCCUCCUGAAAAAUAACCUGGGUUAUAUCUUUACCAAUGAUGAGGAGGUCAUCGCCCUGGUGAACAAGGUCAUGCCCAUUUACAUCGUCUUCCAGCUGUUUGAGGCCAUCUGUUGUGUCUACGGCGGAGUCCUGAGAGGAACCGGCCGGCAGGCCUUCGGAGCCUUGGUGAACGCCAUCGCCUACUACGCCAUCGGCCUCCCACUGGGCAUCGUUCUGGCCUUUGUGGUCAGAAUGAGAACCAUGGGCCUCUGGCUGGGCAUGCUGGUCUGCGGCGCUGAGAAGUACGCGGGGCUGCGGCAGCAGGGCACUGGGGCCCCCAGAGCCGGGCCCGAGGAAGGGGCCGGGUCUGCAGUGGCCACAGGCACCUGCCCUGGCGUCUCCCUGACGAUGUUCUCGAGCCCCGGGUGCCACGCGGACCACUUCAGGACUCCAGACGCAGCCCCGGCGCUCCCAGCUCCUCCCAGCGGGCUGUCGGGGAGUGGCCACAGGCCCUGCCCUGGGCGUCUCCCUGACGAUGUUCUGGGGGCCGCGUCGGCCACUCUGACCGUGGGGCUCGUGGUCAGCAUCCUGGCCUCCAGGCACUAGCCGAGCGGCUGCUGAGGAAGGAAGCCGAGAGGCUGCCCCACUGCACAGCCAAGCUCCUACGGGAUGCAGUGCGAGGCCACACCGGCCACUCCCCCAAAAGGCCCGGCCGCGGCCGACAGGUCUGACUUGUGCAGAUUGUGUUGUGGUCAAUGGCUCUCUCUGCCCCAGACUGAAGGCGAGGCUCCUGGGAUCGCACUUACUUAAUAAUGCAAACGGCUUCCAAUUGGACAUUUCAAAGCAAAACAAACACCAUCACAUUAAAAAGUAUGCAUUUCCUA